UUCUUUUGUGUUGGGAGCACAGAGAGCCUUUCCAUCAUGAGCUUUACUGGAAAAUACGAACUCCAGUCCCAGGAAAAUUUUGAGACUUUUAUGAAAGCCCUCGGGCUUCCCGAUGAACAGAUCCAGAAGGGCAAGGACAUCAAGAGUGUCUCAGAAAUUGUGCAGGAUGGGAAAAACUUCAAGAUUACCGUGACCACUGGCUCCAAAGUGCUGCACAACGAGUUCACCAUUGGGGAGGAGUGCGAGAUGGAGAUGCUGACGGGAGAGAAGGUCAAGGCUAUUGUUCAGCUGGAGGGUGACAACAGACUGGUCGCAAACCUGAAAGGGCUGAAAUCCGUCACCGAACUCAACGGAGACACCAUCACCAAUACAAUGACCAUGGGAGACCUCACCUACAAGAGAAUCAGCAAGAGAAUCUAGAGACCCUGCACAUGCCAAUCAUUUUACUGUGUAAAAUGUGUCCAUUAAAGUAAAAUUUGUAUUAAAGGCCUCUUCAUUAUUAUCAUCAACCUCUUUGCUGUUGCU